AAUCCAAACACUUCUCUUCUCUUUAAAUCCCUCCAUUCCCUUUCUUUUCUAUUCAAAACAGAUACAUUAAUUAACACCAAAGAAAAUAUAUUUUAUUAAAAAAAGAUGGGAGCUGCAAUUGGCAUUCUUGGGAAAUUUGGUCUGCCAGGAGUGCAAGCAAUGUCAACAGAUAAAAUUUUUGAAAAAUAUUUUGAUAAAGUGAAGACCUUUGAAGAAUUUCAUGAGGCUUUCCUGGAGUGCUUGAAUUAUAUCAAUAAUGCCAUGCCCGGAUUUCAUUAUACUCUGCCACCAUAUAAAGAAAUCAAGAAAGAAUAUGACUCAAAAUGGAACAGCGUCGUAGAAAAGGAAAGACAGGAAAGACAGGAAAGUUUGAUUAAGUUGUUAAACAGGUAUAUGAGCCAAACUGCUGAUAAUAGUACAAUUAUGAUGGCCGGAAUAAUAGCACCACCAGCUGCGGUGAUUUUGAAGAGGGCUGGUCAAAAUAUACCACAAGUUAAUAAGUUACGUCUUCAUCUUGUCCCUGAUUGGUUAUUUGUUCCAGUUUGCACUAUUAUUGCUAUCACAGGAGCCAAAGGUUUUCAGUCCAAACCAAAAAACACAACAUGAAAAUUAUUGCUUAUUUUCUUCUUUUCUAUGGGAUUUGUUCACUGUUAAUAUGUGUGUGUAUAUAUAUAUAUAAUUCAAGUCAUCAAUUAAUGUUAAACCUAGCUAUUAUUUGUUAUGUAUUUUAAUUAUAUUUUAAAAAUAAGUUUGAAGCUACUUUG